AUGGAUCUCUCUGUUUUGCCAAAUAACAACCAUCCUGACAAAUACCUGCAACUUGAUGUGAAAUCGUUAAUGAGGAACUCAGCCCUGCUUCAAGCCAGCCUGGCAAGGUUUCCAGGUGCAAGUGAUCCUGCAGCACAACACUGGCAAAACCUUGUCUACUCUCAGAGAGAAAAGAAGACUUUUACUGCUCAAGGAAUGAAGCGAUUCCGUGCAGAGGGCACUACAGCUGUGGACAGCCCCCCACCAUCUCUGACAUCAGUUCUGAAGAAUAACCCACUCUAUGGUGAUAUCAGUUUGGAAGAAGCUAUGGAAGAAAGAAGAAAGAGCCCUUCAUGGACCAUUGAGGAAUAUGACAGGCAUUCCCUACACACAAACCUCUCUGGGCAUCUGAAGGAAAAUCCAAAUGACCUCCGGUUUUGGUUGGGAGACAUGUACACGCCUGGUUUUGACACCUUAUUGAAAAAGGAAGAAGAGCAAGAGAAACAUUCAAAGUACUGCCGCAUUGGUCUUAUUUUGCUCCUUGUUGCUUGCGUAUUGGUUGCCAUAGUGACUAUUAGCUCUUUGCUCACCUAA